GAUUUUUUUCAAUUCAGUUUUUAAAAAGAUUUCGCUGCAAACAAGUCAUUCAAAAAAUAAAUAAAAAAAAAACAUUAAAAACAAUUUAAAAUGUUUAAAACGUCUAUAAUAUUGUUAAUAUUUGGGACCUUAAUCACCAAACACAGCUUGUUUACAAAUGCUAAUGAAUGCUCCUUAAAUACUGAAUGUGUUCAUAUACGAGAAUGUCCACGGGUUUUAAAUAAUUUUCAUUUAAUACGCAAUAAACCGUAUUGUAAUUUAAAUCAAAAAGGCACCCAUGUCUGUUGUUUAAAACCACCCGAAAAAUAUACCCAAGAGAAGGAUGAAGACAUACGAUCUGUAAGGGAAUGCAAAUCUAUUCAACGUUAUCGCAACUCUUGCGAAAAGUCUCUGAUUGUUAGCGGUAAAAAGGCUGAGGCAAAAGAGUUUCCCUUCAUGGCUUUACUUUUCUAUAAACACGAAGACACGGUUAAUUAUUUAUGCGGUGGAACUUUGAUUAGUAAUAAAUAUGUAUUAACAGCAGCUCAUUGCUUUUUUGUCUAUAGCCCUCCCAAUUGGGUACGACUGGGUGAAUUGGAUUAUUCAACUACCACCGAUGAUGCCUCACCUGUAGAUUAUGAAAUUAAGAAUACCAUUACUCAUCCUCAAUACUUUACCACAGAUAUUCAAGAAAAAUACAAUGACAUAGCGCUUGUGGAACUUGUGAAAGAGGUCGAGUUCAAUGACUACAUAAUGCCUGCCUGUCUGCCUCUAGUCGAUGGUCGGGAUUUUCAAGAAUAUCUAGCCGCUGGUUGGGGCAGACCCAAUGAUACCACUCUCGAAAUGACACCACAUUUACUGAAAGUUAAAUUGGAUCGGUUUGAUGAUGACACGUGCAUUAGUAAAGUGGAACAGACGGAAGAAUUGAAAUAUGGCGUAAAUAAACGUACACAAAUGUGUGCGGGUUCGUUUACAGAUAAGCGUGAUACUUGUAUGGGUGACUCGGGUGGACCGUUGUUUGUUGAUCAUCCCGAUUAUAAGUGUUUGUUUUUGGUAUUGGGUAUAACUUCAUUUUCACAUGGCGGUUGUGGUAAUGUGGGUCAUCCAGCGGUUUAUACAAGAAUUCAAUUAUAUUUAGAUUGGAUUGAGCAAAUCGUAUGGAAGGAAGCCGCUAAAUUGUCUAAAUAAUUAAUUAUUUAGAAAAAUUUUAAAUGAAAUAAAAAUUUAUACUACAA